AUGAAUACCCAACUUUUCGAUCUUCGUAUACUUUUACUCUUUUCAUAUUUCUCAUGUUUUCUUAUCCUCGUACCAGUAUCUGCAAAAGUUUUUUUGAGCAUAGAUUGUGGUUCUUCUUCAUCACAACCUCAUACGGAUGCAAAUUCGAUUGAAUGGGUUGGGGACGAUGCAUACAUACAAACUGGAGAAACACAUAAAGUCCAAGUUGCACCAUCGAAUCUAAGUACUUGGGAUUAUCAAGUCAUGAGCACUCUUAGAGCAUUCCCAACUCGGAGAAGGAACUGUUAUUCAAUAGAUAUCGAAGAUACUACUACCGCUGAGCGUGUCCUUGUUCGAGCCACUUUCUAUUACGGCAACUAUGACAAGAAGGCAAACCCACCGAAUUUCCUUCUUCAUUUCAAUGGAAACAAUUGGGCACGGAUCGAAACCUCCAUGAGUGGUAUUGAAUACAAAGAAGUGGCAUACUCAUUGAACAAUGGAAACAAUAUAAAUAUAUGUCUUGCUCAAACUCUAUCAGUAACAUUCCGUUUAUAUCUGCGCUGGAAGUUAGAAGUUUGGAUUCAAAGAUUCCCUGAAGACAGUUUCGAUCGAAUUUGGCACACAACUAGACCACCUACUGGUUUGAUUACGGUUGCAAGUAACUCCCCAUCCAUUAUUGUCGACACUGACGAUAAACCUCCUGAGGCGGUAUUAAGGGCAGCACUAACGUCGACACUGACCAGAAAUCAUAUUACUUAUAGUGGUUUUGCAGAUCCUAAAUAUCCUGUUCAUUUUAAUGCAUAUUUUUCAGAAGUGAUCGAACUAAGUUCUACUCAGAAACGAUCAAUGGAUAUAAGUGUUGACAAUAAGCUGAUCAAUAGUAUUAUUGUUCCCAAGGGCCCUGUGAUUCCACCAUAUGGGCGAGCAUUGGAGGUCCACAUUCCUAAUAUUACUUCUGCAUAUACGAUUGCUUUUAAACCGACAGAUGAUUCAACUCUUCCAUCACUGAUCAAUGCCCUUGAAGGGUUUGUUAUCGGUGAUGCAUUAGUUCAAGGAAAUUCUGGAUGGAAAAAGUAG